UAGUACUAAUAUAAAGUGUUUCAUAUUUUUCAUUUUUUUUAUUUUGCGCAAUGUACAAAUCAUUUUUCAUUGUAACAGUAAAAUUAUUGUAAUGUGACCAUUUUAUAUUCCUUUAUCGUAUUCUUUUAGGAAUAUAAAGAUCAAUUUUUCGUAAAAGGAAACUAUAACGUAAUUUUAGUCGAUUGGACUUGGGGAAAUUUUCCAGAUCCGGUUGGUGGAGUUACAAAUUCUUACGUUGUUGGAGAGCAGAUGGGUUUUGUAAUCAAGAAUAUUAUGUUGCAAAAUAAUUACGAAGAUGGUUCGAAAUUUUACCUUAUUGGUCACAGUGCUGGUUCGUAUGUGGUAACUACGGCUUGCAAAUUUAUAAGGGAGUGGAAAUCAAGUCAUAAAAUCAGAAGAAUGACACUUUUAGAACCUGGAGUAGUUAACAUAAAAGAAAGGGAAUUCCCGCAAACUACAGCUUAUCAAGAAGCCCACUUUGUUGAUGUCAUGCAUUCCAAUGGUGGAACUUGUUUCCCACAAAUUGUGGGACAGAUAAAGCCAAUUGGUCAUGCUGACUUCUAUCCCAAUGGCGGAGUCUUAGAAUUGUCUUGUUAUUACGAAAUUGUGGAAGCUAUUUUAAAAGGGGAUUCUUUGUAUGGUAAGUACAAUUGAAAAGCAGGCUAUAUGUUGAUCUCUGUUGUAUUGUAAAUUAAGAUUCAUCUGCAUUAUAUAAAUGAAAAAAAGUGCAUUUCUGUAUGGAUUCGACUUAGAAGAAGCAUCAAUCAGGGAAAAUAAAAUUUCUCUAUUCGUAAUGCUCCGUAAUAAAUGCCUUUAAUAGUAUGCUAUGUUUUAGGCACUCUUGUUUAAAAUUACGUCAAAAGUUUCCGUUACACGUCAGAUAGU